CCGACUAUGGUCGCAUGAUGCGCUCAGACGACACCUGUUGACAUUGGCCGUUGAUUCGAAGGACUGUUAGUUCGACAUAGCUGAUGUGUCCUGUGCGUUGUAUGAAUGGCCUCGCUUGUGUUCUGCGGCUUGUCCCCGUGCGUAGAGGCCACUGUGCAGACCGCGCAGGUGAACAACGCUCAUGAUCAAUACGACACCGCGGGCGUCAUCCCAAUCAGUCGACGGCUCAUCGUGGAGCAGCUCUACCCCGUUCCAACCCCGUUCUGUCACUUUUCCCUGCGCUGCUGCGCGCUGAGAGAAGAUUUCAGCGUACCCAGUCUCGACCUCCAUCGAACUUGGCUACUUACUUGCUCCGUGCAUUUGCACCGACCCGUCCGCCUUGUUUAGUUAGCAGGCUCCCCGACAGCCCCCGAGUCUUCUUUGUACCGCCCCUGGCUACGCCGCUCUUCCUCUGCAUCGUGUUUUCUCCACCUUCAUUAUAUGAAGUGG